CUCGAGAUCAUCGAAGAGCAACAACGUCGCGCCUCGAGCAUGUUCAAGCAUCUCGUCUUUAUCUUUGUGCUGCUCUCGCAUGGGAUUCCAGGAUAUUCGAUCAGUUAUUAUCCAAGUGGGAGUGAGCAAGUUAAGAAUCUCCAAAGGUCGGUGGACACGAAUCCCAAUUGCAGCGCGAUCGCAGAGGAGAUGAGCAAGAUGGUUGCGAUGAGCGGGAAAAGUAAUUACUAUGUGCGCCCACGUGGUAUGCUCUUUUACGUCCACGACGAGCCGCAAUUCCAGAAAUUACUUCCGGUUUAUAAGCACAAGGAAAUCAUCGAGAAAGGCUAUCUCGUCACGCCCAAUAUAGGAGCCCACAAGUUUCAUCCUCGCAAAAUCUCAUGGAACAACGCCCGUAAAGCGUGUAACAGCGAAGGAGGUCAUUUGGCGAUUAUCAAUUCUGCUUUUGAGGAGAAGAUUCUCAUGUGCAUGUUGCAAGAGAGGAAUAUUAACGAAGCCUGGGUCGGAUUACACGAUAUUUUCGAGGAAGGUGACUGGGUCACUGUCACCGACGAGGCUUUCGAAAACACCGGAUACACAUGGACGCCCACUAUCGCAAAUCUGCCUGACAACUACGGUGGCUCGCAGAAUUGCGGUGUGAUUCUAAAGGAGGGCGGCCUGGACGAUGUAAAUUGUGCGUGGACGCAUUCCUUCUUCUGCGAGAUAACCUUGUAAACCCGGCAGGAUAUCAGAGAUUGAUCGCGGCGUUUCACCAUCUCUGAUCGUUGUUUAUGCGCAUUUAUAACAGUGUAUGUAAAUAAUUAAUGAGUAUGUGUGUGCCAUGUAUUCUCUCGAUUCACGAACGAUAAGAGAUGCCUUUUUAAGGAUUCGCUUUUAUGGACGUCGGUCCACACCGGGACGAUUACAUGGCGAUGUUGGAAACUUCUUCUCUAUCUUGCGUCCCCCUCCUCUUUCCCAUGUACGUCCGGAAGGGGGGGAGGAAGGGCUGGUUUAAACCGCUUUGAGAGAAUCCGCUUGUGUAGGACACAACGUGGGGAUAUAGAGAGAUCCGGGGGAAAACCGAGUGAAGUCCGAAUAUCGCGGCUCUCAGUCCUGGGAUGAUUCGAUGAGAUUCAAUGAAAUCGACUCCGCCAACGCGAAUAACAAGCCGUCUCACCGGGACGAGAUCGCGUUCUCGAUUGAUCCGAUCUACUAACUUUCGUACGAAGAACACUUCGAGCGCAUUUCCGCAACUAACCCCGGCAAUUAAAGCCGGCAUUCAUAGUUCGAUCUUAUAUUUAACAUCGCCUCAAGUUCAUCUUUGGGUGAUCCGUAAGCGAUGAAACGAUCAUUACAGCAUCUGAAAGUGGUUCCUGCCUUUACCAAAAAUUAUUACUGGCUGUGAUAAUUUGGCCGAUGAUAAAUUACUGUUACUUAGUAAUUUUAUUGCUCGUACGAGCAAUAGAACUACUCUUUAUUAUUGGUCAAUUUAUCAUAGCUAGUAAUACUUUUCUGUACAGAUGUUUCCUUGCCGUUGCUAUUUUGACUAACUUGACGUCAAAAGCAAAAAAUAUGUGUAUCCAAGAUUCUUGCGAAAUACGUUAAAAUAAAAAGAU